UGUGUAUGACUUUGUGUUUGUGGUAACUAGUGACGACCCAACAAUUGCAGAGUUCUGUUAAAUACCCUGGCCAGCGUUGAACCGGCCUACGGUUCGUCGCGUGAUACGGGGGGGUGAGGGCAGUCUGGUUCCAAAACGAAUGCUAUCGUUUUUUACCCGCUGCAAACUACGAAAACCCGGGCGCGCAGUCCAGUUUAAGAGAAUCCCCUCAUUCAGUGAAACAUGUUGUUUUAGCAACAAACUACCUUCUUGACAAACAAAAUCAAAUCAACCGAGGAAUGGCAGAUAAAGACUUCAGCACAACACUGGCUUACACCAAGAGCCCGAAGGCGUCGAGGAGAACACAUUUUCAGGAUGAGCUGGAGGCAGCUGUUUCUGCUAGAGCAAGUAAAAAGAAGACUGACCAAUACUCCUAUUCGGAUGACUUUGAUGAAGAUGAUGUGUUGAAAGAACUUCUCAAUUCAAGAAAAAAGAGAAUCGAUACCUUCAAGGCUGGAAAGAAGAAAGCCAAGAUCAACGACUUCAACCUGUCGGACGAUGAGGAGGAAAGCAAAAGGCCGACGAGAGUGUCGUUCAUGAAGACGCGAAAGGCCACUUCCCCCUUACAAGAUUUGGCGACACCUGACCCACAUAAAAAUGAACAAACAGACGGCUUUAUUGGAUGUAGCAGCGACCAGAAGGAUUCGGACUCCUCACUGCACUUUAAAAACCCUCAUCAAGACUACACAGAAACCUCAGCAUCACAGAACAGUCAAUUGAAAUCUCCUCUUUCCCUACCCUCGCAACCAAGUCAAACAGAAUCCCCAUUACAAUCAACUUCGGAGAACAACAGCCAUUGGGAUUCUUCCUUGCCCCUGCCAUCUAAUGGUGGUCUGUUGGAAACCCCAUUGCCCUUGCCGUCUGAAAAUAGUGUGGAGAGCAAAGAAUCGGGGACUGGAGGAAAAGGAAAGCUAGCUACUCCACUGCCACUCAUCAGAUGUGCAUCCUUGACAGACAGUGUUGUCGAGAAUGAGCCACCCAGACCCAAACCCAGGCAGAGGACCCUGAGGGUGAGCAGUCAAACCGAGGCGGAGCCUGUCUCUGUGGACAAGGAAACUCCUCCUAGCAGACCCCCCACCUCCUCUGUGUCCAUCUCUCUUUCCUCUAUUGACCAGGGUGAAAUGGCCAGCACCCCCACUACUUCAUCUUCUAGCAAAACAUCCGCCAGGAGUCAUAGUCGACAAGGCCCCGUAGGAGACCACUCCAUCUCAUCUAAACUCCGCAAAUCGUCCUCUUCAACCGUAGGUCGGCAGUCAAACUCGCUGUACAAAUCUACUGAUGGCACCUGGAGUAGAGAUGGACAUACUUCAGAAGACAGCAAGGCAAAGGAUGGAAAAUACUCCACAUCAUUUGAAGAAUAUCAAGACGAUUCAGAGGAUCACCCAGAUCAUAUAAGCAGACUCAGCCAUGUGACUGAGAACUCUAUCGACACCAGGCCCUCAAGUUCUCUGACAAAAAGCUCCCGAAAGUCGCAGAGUGUGUGUUCGUACACAGCAGAGUCCAAAUACUUGGGGUCGCUGAAAGUUCUGGAUCGUAAAGUGCAGAUGAAGGAAGCAGAGCCCGGAUCUGCAGAUUCUCUCAGGGCGGCCAUAUACCAGGAAUGGCUGAAAAAAAAAAGAGAGAAGUUGCAAGAGACAAUGCAAACAAGGAAAGAGGAACAAACAUUAAAGGAAGAGAAGAGGAGAAAGGAUGAGCAAGCUAAAAUGGACGAUGCCAAGGCCUCUUAUGAGGCUUGGAAAGAAAAGAAAACCGAAGUCAUCAAAGCAAAAGUCAAAGAAAAGCAAGAUGUGAUCAAAAAGAAGCAAAGAGAAAUUUAUGAACAAGAAGAGAAAAAGGAAUCUGCUAAAAAGGUUUUUGAAAAGUGGAAGCAGGGACAUGAUGAACUUCUCAAAGAGAAAUACACGAAACAGAAGGAGGCUGAAAAUAAACUAAAACAGAAGAAAGAAGAGAAGGAAGAGGAGAGAAAGAGAGAUUCCAUAUCUGCCAUUUCUAAUUGGAAUGAAAGGAAGAAGGAUGUUGUCCAUGAAAAAGUGAAAACGGAGCGUCGGAAAGAGAAGAUCAAAGAGGAAGAGGAGAGAUACGAAAAAGAAGAGAAGGAUAGGAUGGCCUUGGAGAUGUAUGAAAAAUGGCUGAGAAGGAAAGAACGCCAACAGACAAGACAGAGGAAGGAGAGACAGAUACAAGCUAUUCUACAAGACGAUCCACCGCCCCCUUGGAGUCCACCAAGUAAAACUGUGCCUUUUGGAAAAUAAUCCCUGCACAGCCUAUGGAUUUAUGUCACUAAAUAUGGAGUUUGCCUAUUUAGAUUGUUGUAUGUUUUUAUCAUGACUGAAAUUGUGUUAUUUAUGAAAUUGUACAAAAUUCAAUUGAAUGAUUUUUGGAAUUCUGUGUACUUUUUUCUGUAUUGAAAUGUAAUUUUGCAUGACACAUUUCUUCAUGACUUCAUACAUGGAGAAACUCAACACAACAGAGCCAUACAUACUAUGUAUGUACAGUACACACUUUGUGUGUGUGUGUGUGUGUGUGUAUACAGUGCCUUGCGAAAGUAUUCGGCCCCCUUGAACUUUGCGACCUUUUGCUACAUUUCAGGCUUCAAACAUAAAGAUAUAAAACUGUAUUUUUUUAUGAAGAAUCAACAGCAAGUGGGACACAAUCAUGAAGUGGAACGACAUUUAUUGGAUAUUUCAAACUUUUUUAACAAAUCAAAAACUGAAAAAUUGGGCGUGCAAAAUUAUUCAGCCCCUUUACUUUCAGUGCAGCAAACUCUCUCCAGAAGUUCAGUGAGGAUCUCUGAAUGAUCCAAUGUUGACCUAAAUGACUAAUGAUGAUAAAUACAAUCCACAUGUGUGUAAUCAAGUCUCCGUAUAAAUGCACCUGCACUGUGAUAGUCUCAGAGGUCCGUUAAAAGCGCAGAGAGCAUCAUGAAGAACAAGGAACACACCAGGCAGGUCCGAGAUACUGUUGUGAAGAAGUUUAAAGCCGGAUUUGGAUACAAAAAGAUUUCCCAAGCUUUAAACAUCCCAAGGAGCACUGUGCAAGCGAUAAUAUUG